AUGGAUUGCUGUAGCAGCACUACUGCCAACAACUACCUGGACUACAGACAUCACUCAAUGAACAAUAACUUCUGCUACCCGUACACGCCCAGCAUGUUGCGAAGUGCGUCACCAUACCCGAUGGCCACCGGUGCUGGUGGUGGUGGUGGUGGUGGUGGUGCUGGCCGGUACGGUGCUGGUAUCCCGGACGGAUAUCACCAUCGGUCCGGUUACGGAGCCGCCAGUAGCAGCACAGGUGGCAUGGGCGGUUAUAACGAUAUCAACGGUGGUGGCUACGACAAGUACUACGGUGCGGGCUACCAUCAUCCACAUCAUCAUCAUCAUCCACAUCAUUCAGCUGCUCCCACGAUGGGUCACGGUGCCAUUGGUGGUGGCUACGGUUCGUCCGGUUACUAUGGCAGCUACUCGUCUUCCUAUCGCGAGUACGGUGGCUACAAUCCCUAUUACCACCAUCAUCAUCACCAUCAGUCGCAGUCACCGUAUUCGCGCGCUGGUCUCGCAGGAAUGCCACCUGGGUAUGGAUCCGGUGGCGCAGGAUAUCUGUAUCCCGGUCGACACAUGGCCGGUUCAUCGUCGAAUCCUUCCGCCUAUCCUCCGUACCAUCUGCAGCGCGAGCAUCACCAGUAUUCGAGCUUCGCAAGCUACGCCAACGGUAGCAACGGCAUGACAGCAUCGUCCUAUCGCAGUAACCUAGGAUCUCUCCAAACAGAACAAUCUUCCAACGGCAGUAGCUCCAAAGUCCAGCACCACCACCAGCAGCAGCAGCAGCAGCACGGUUAUUCAUCAUCACAAGGAUUCGGUCACAAUGAUCGAGCAGGUUUGGCAGCCAGCAAUACGAACCAGACGGACGGUGCUGUUUCCAACGCGAGCGCUGGUUCACCAUCAACGGCAGCAACGUCCCUGUUCCCGAGUAGCACAUCCGUAUCGAACGGAUUUUCCACGGGCAGCAGUUCCGAGUAUAGUCCACUGUCCGCUUCGUACGGACCUGCAGACAGUCCACAGCUUCCACUCCAGCCACCGCAGCAGUCGCAGCACCACCACCAGCAGCAGCAAGGACAAAACGAUUCAACAGCGGAGAACGGCGGGGAGUCUCCAACGCCCACGUCAGCAACAGCAGACUAUCACCAUCCCCUCACAGAUGGUGUUGGUAAGGACAGCAGCAGCAGAGGAGGAGGAGGAGGAAGUAGUGCCACUACCCGCAAACCCAAGGAGCGCAAGCACCAGCGCGCGUACGGAAAUGGUCAAACCGGGAACAACGGUACCGGGAAUGGCGGAAGUGAAAGCAGUCGGACCAGCAGCCCAACGGCGUCAGUGGGUGGUGCAGCAGCAGCAGCAGCAGCAGCAACAGCAUCAUCGUCAUCAUCUAACGGUGGCGCUAGUGCACCAGCUGCUGUUGGUGCAGUUGCACCAGCGAGCGCACGAAUGAAAUCACUGGAUGCACUUACAAAUCUAUGCUGGCCCGAUGGAGAGCAGUUCACUAGCAAGAUGAGGAAAUACUCGAACGCCGGAGGAACAAAAUCCAAAGAUACGGCCAACAAUAGGAAGCAAGAUGCCAACGAGGUAGAAUCGGGCGUAUCAUCGUCACCGAGCCGCGCUCAUAAUGGUACCGGACGGAGAACGAAAAAACUGACGAAACAGCAGAAAGAACAGCUCAAAUCAUCCGAUGCUAAAGAUAAACAAACGAAUGCUGGUGCUGCUGUGACUGCGACACCACCGGUAGAGAAUAAGAACAUUACGCCCCUUCCGGGCUUCCAGCAAGCGUUCGGUUCGACCGAAAUCGGCAAGUUCUCCGAGGCGUUCUUCAACAGCAGCCCCACACCGAACGACACCAGUACACCCGAGCAUCACCAUCAUCACCAUCACCCUUUGCAUCAUCAUCAACUUUCGGAGCAGCAACCGCCACCGUCGCAGCAGCAUCAGCAGCAGCUACAGCUCCUUCACCAUUCGCAGCGAACUUCCACACCCCAGCAGCAGGCCCACCACCAGCUCAGUGGUGGUACCGUUGAACAGCUCUUGAUGGACUCUCUGCACUCGUAUGAAUCGGACGUUGAUACGAUGAGUCCACAACAGCAACCAUGGGAUCAUGCGGUAACGCCAGGAACGACGAUGGGAUCACUCGAUCGGUUGUCGUCGUACGAGAGUUGCCACAAUGGUGGAAACCUUUCUUCUGCUGCCGCUGGUUACAACCUGCAGAUCGGAACUUCCUUCCAUCCGUCGUACUACGAAUCGUCCUCCUACUCGUCGGACCACGCGGUAGACUCACCGCUCGGCAGUUACUUUAGCGAGAUGACGUGUAACGAGUUUGUGAAUUAGGAAAUGGAAUGGAAUCAGCGACCGUCCAUAAAACUCCACACCCUCCGGACUGCGGAGAGAGAGGGAGAUGAAAAAAGAAGCAAGAGAUCGAUACGAUCUUGAACGUGGUGAUGAAAGAACAUAAAGAAGAAAUACUCGAGAUCGAGAUUAAUUGAACUAAAAGCUGAACAGCGCUCACUCAAGAGUGCAAGUGCACAGCAAAGCCAAAACGUUAGGUAAUUCUCUCUAAAAAAAACAACGCAUAAACCAUAUUAACACUUGUUGUUCGUUUCGUGUAAAUAGCAACACGUUGGUGGUCCUCGUUCUUAACAAAAGAGAUCCCACAUUUCAGACGACCACAGGCGUAGACACCGAAAGGAAAGCAA